AUGACCAGGCUGUCCGCACACCACAUUGCAUUGAUUGCGGAGCAUUUGGUGUCGACACCACCGCCGACACUCCAAGAGCACGGCCAUGCGGAUCAGCCACGCAGGAGGCGGUUCGCCUACUGGCAACAGGCUGAGCGAGACAGCUUUUCGGAGCCCAUCACAUUCUUCGACGAAGACAGCACCAGGUUGCUUGGCCUUGGACAGCCCGCGUCGCGCGGCUUGCAGCCUGCCGAUGCACACGCGACCACAGCACACGAUGUCACCUCCGACCCUGCUGCCGCGCCAUCCUUGGCUGUGUGGCUGGAGCGCCGCUUCCUGGCUUACAGCUGGCUCGGCGCAACCUGGCACAGCGAUUGCCGUUUCCUCAUCAGGUUGGCCACCACACCUCCGCUUCUUGGGCACGGGUUCUCGGAUGUCUUUGCCACUUGUGGCCGUGUGCGCUUUCGUGACCUGGAUGCUGUCAGCCUAUGGGCCAACGCGCCAGAUCGUGGGGGGCAGCGUGCAGACACCUCCUCGACAGCUGUGUUGGCAGAGGCCACAGCCAUGGGCGAUUCCGUUUCCGCGAGCAGCACCACCCCUCAAGUGGUGCGAGAAGACCAGCAACACCAGCAACAGCAGGAACAGCAGUCUGUGCAACAAGACCAGCAGCAGGAAGACCUCCAGCAGCAAGACCAGGACGACCGAAAGGACCACCAGCAGCAGCAGCAGCAGCAACAGCAGCAGCAGACUGUGCUUUGCCCAGCCCUGUUCUUUCUCGACGCACAACUUCAAAACCAAGAAGCAGCCGACAUAUGGCACGAGCUUCGCCUCACCGCACUGGCCGGCACACGAGGAGGCACCGUGACUCUGCGCGUCGACGAACAGCUUGCUUUCCUCGCGGCCUCCGAUAUUGACACGCUCCGCAUCGAUGCCGCCAAUGCACCCAUCGACACAGUCGCCUUCAGCAACGUGAGGCGCUUGGAGUUUGCGCUGCACAACACCAUGGAAGCAAUUCAUGGCACAUUCGAGCAGGAUUCCACAGGUCGGCGAGGAUCAGAGAAGUCCAUUUGUGCGAUGCCACUUGUGCUGGCUGACUGCUCCGGUGCCGUCACCAUCUCCUCCACAGCAUGUCUGACGGUUGUGAACGCCGCCCGAACCACCUCCCGGCCACACAGCCCAGACCACCCACUGCUGCUGCGCUCUAUCACCGACGUGUCCACGUGCCGGCUCGAGGGCUGUCACAUUGGCAGCUUCUCCUGCUUCGACAGCAUCCAGCGCCUCAUCCUCAACAACUGCGAAUUUGAUGAUGUGAGCAGCCUUCCACACGUCACCUCGCUCGUGCUUCGCGGCUGCAGGAGCACCGGCAAUGCUGGCAACUGGCAAUGGCCUAACGUCGUGAUGGUGCACCAAUCACCCACGGAAAUGGCAGCCACGCUGCAGACAAGGCGUACCGCCGAUCGCUCGGAGUAA